AGCAUUAUAAAAUCUUUAGUUCUAAUUUUAAAAUCCUUUAAAAUUAGAGGAUGUUCAGACUUAAUAAAUAUAAAGUUAAAUAAAGAGUUCGGUGUCAGUGGAACUGUGAAACCAGGAGCUAAAUCCAGAGAUAUCCUAAAUACCAAUACUGAGAAAAGCAUGUCAAAGGACGAUGUUAUAAUAGUGUGCGCUGGCAACAAGGACAUUAGCAAGAAUAGUGCUAAGGAAGGAAUAAGUAGUAUAAUUAGCUUUGCUAAAAAAGACCAGUCACACCAACAUUAUUGUAAUGGAAGCUCUACACAGACAUGACCUGGCUGAUUGGUCAUGAGUCAACAAAGAAACCACACGAUUCAACAGACUUCUAACAAAAAGACUCAAAUUACAUAAACAUCUAACAAUCAGCAAGGUAAAUCUAAACAUACAUCAUUUCACAAACCACGGCCAGCACAUGAUCUACAAAGGAAAAGAAAAGAUGUGUCAACAGACAGCAGAAUUGGUACAACGAAAGGUUGGGACAAGAGCAAAUAAUGCUACACCACUAGAAUACAAGGAGGGAACCGUGCAAGAAGAGGCCACGUCAGGAAAACACAAGGAGGAAACUGCAGAAAGCCAAGGGAACGAAACUGAUGAAACCUUAGUCGACCCAUCCCCCAACAGUGUGGUACCAUUGAAAGGAAAGCAACAUCAGGAAAUUCGGAUGUCAACUAGAAAAGGGAAGCUCCCAGAAAAGUUAAGUAACGAUUUUUUAUAGAUAAGAAUAGUACCGGUACUCUCAAGAAUAGCAAUGAAAUAAGUGCAACCAUCCAAUUAUUACAUCAAAAUAUUCAAAGUCUAAACAAGUGCUAUUAUCAAACAAAACGUUAGAAUCAGAUAUACUACGUAACACCGAACAUUGGUUGGAUAAAAUACAAAUAGAUUAUUAUAACUCUGAAAACUAUUCCUUCAUAUCAAAAUUCUGUAGGAAAAAUAAAUUGCAUGGAGGCUCAUGCAUUUAUGUUAAAUCAAAUCUAGAUGCAACACCCUGUAAUCUGUUUGAAAGCUUAAAUCAAGAAGAACACUUUGAGGCCAGCACAAUUGAACUUAUACAAUUUAAGACUAUCAUAAUCUGAAUAUAUAGAACCCCUAAUAGCAAUAUCAACAUAUUUAUGACAAACUUGGACACAAUACUUAGCAAUCUGACUAAUAAAGGAAAGAACAUUGUUAUAGCAGGAGAUCUCAGUGUAGAUUUUCUAAAAAGCAGUGUUAAUCCACAACUACAUACAAUGCUAGCCUUGUAUGGCUUGCAAGCAAUAGUUGAUGUCCCAACAGCAAUAGGACCUAAAAGCCAAACAGCCGUAGAAUACUAAACAAGGGCUUACGGGAAUACAACUAUAAAGCGGUGGAAACAGGGCUCUCUGACCAUGAUGCCCAACUAUUACAAGUACAGAUGCAUUAUAAGAACAAAAAUGGACAAGGUAGAAUAACUAAAGAGUUCAGAUUAGCUAGAUCUUAUAGCGAGGAAAACGCAUAAUAUCUAAACUAUUUACUAGGAAAAGAGACCUGGGAGCCUGUUCUUAAACAAAAUCAGGCAAAUGAUGCAUACAAUGAAUUUUUAGGCAUCCUUUAGUACUAUCACAAUAUAGCUAUGCCUAAAAAAUUGGUAAAAAUUAGGCAGCAAAAAAAUCAAUGGAUUACCUUAGGCAUAAGGGUGUCAGAAAACAGACUUAGGACUCUUCAUAGCUUAAUGAAGGAAGGAAACACACCUGAAGAACUUAAAAAAUACUAUAAGCAGUACAAAAAAAUAUACAACAAAAUUAUCAGCGAGGCUAAAAAAUUGAACAACAUGCAAUUACGAUCAUCCGGGAACAAAUCAAAAGCAAUGUGGGAUUUAAUCAAAGAAGAAUUAGGCAAUCUACAAAAAGUUCACAUCCGGAGUAACAAUCUGACACCACAAAACAAUGAAGACAGGAUCAACACAAUAAAAUACAACAGCAAUAGCAUGUUCUUAACCCCAACCACUGAAAGGGAGGUGGUAGACAUAAUUAAAACACUGGGCAACAAAAAAUCAACGGGCACUGACGAUAUUCCAGAGUUCAUUGUUAAAAAAUGUCAUCCUAAACUAGUAAAUGCUCUAACAUACAUAAUUAAUCUGUCAUUUUCAUUUGGUUAUUUCUCCGAUCAACUAAAAAUAGCAAAAGUGAAACCCUUGUAUAAGAAAGGUUGUACUGCAGAUGUUGGGAACUACAGGCCAGUGUCAUUAAUUUCAGUUUUUUCUAAAAUAAUCAAAAAAAUUAUGCAUAAUAGACUUUUAUCAUUCAUAAAUAAGUACAGCAUAAUCAACAACAAACAACAUGGAUUCUGCAAAGGAAAACCAAUACAUACAGAAAUCACAGAAUUUACAAAAAGGGUUUACAAAGCACUAGACGAAAAAGAAACGAGUAUAGGGAUAUUUUUGGAUUUCUCAAAAGCGUUCAACCCAGCAGAUCACGAUAUAUUGCUAAGUAAGAUGGAAAGAAUGGGAAUACGAGGGGUUACACUAAGGUGGUUCCAACCAUACUUAGAAAACAAAGAACAGGCAGUAGAAAUUACAUACAGAUGCAAAAACUAAUCAAAACAUUAAUUACCUAUCCCAAAAGAGACCCAUCAGCUAUGGCAUCCCACAAGAUUCCAUUCUGGGACCAGUGUUGUUUCUGUUAUACAUAAACGACCUGGGGCCCAGCAUAGAACGUGGGAAACCUACGUUCUUUGCCGAUGAUACUAGCAUUUUAUAGCAGGAAAUAGUGCUAACAAAAUUAAAAGGAAAACGAAUGAAACAAUAAACAAAAUCACAGAGUGGUUUGAGAGGAAUCACUUAACUAUUAAUAAAGAGAAAACAAUAGCAAUAGCCUUUCAUCAUCCUCAAAAACUACAACUUGAAUGCCCUCCAAUAGAUUUAUGACACUGUUAUCAACUACACACAUCACUCAAAAUUUCUGGGAGUCUGGCUAGAUAAGUAUCUAAGAUGGACUAUGCAUACACAAAAGCUAGCAAGCAACUUAUGUAAAGUAUGUUUUGGCUUAAGGGUAGUUAGAAUGGACUAAGACUGUCUGCACGUUAUAUUAUGCUUAUUUCCAAUCUUUAUUAUCAUAUGGACUUAUAUUUUGGGGCAACUCGGUAAAUGCAAAAUUGAUCUUUAAAUUACAGAAGAGAGCUAUAAGAGCUAUGACCCAGGUCCCAGAAACGAGAUGUAAACAAAUUACACAUAUUACCUCUACCAUCUUUGUACAUAUACGAAACUCUAAUAUACAUAAAAUCCAAUUCGAAUGAUUUCACAACCAACUCAGGAUUACACUCAUAGAACACAAGGAAAAAAGAAGACAUGCACAUCGUCCCAUGUAAUACAAGUUUAUGCAAGAACAACUUUAAGAAUGUAGGACUUUGACUGCAAAAUCAUUUGCCACGAUAUAUUAAAGAAAUA